AUGGUUCUUCUACUUGAUUUUCUUGGACUUUAUUCCUUGGGAACAUGUUCAGGAUUUGAGCUGAAACACACAGAUGGAAACAUUUUGAAAUAUUUAUCAGAUAAGAAUUCUGGUGUUGCAUCAAUUUCCCUUGUCAACCCUGGAUCUGGAGAAAUUGGUCAGCAAUAUCUUGGAAAUAUACCAGCACAUUCACCAGAAAGGAUUUAUACAGAUUAUGAUUGGUACAAUGAUCUUGCACAACCAAAUCUUGAAGACAUAUAUGAUGGUCACACACAAUUAUGGGAUGGGCAUUCAAGUUCUCAAGACCACUCAAGUUUGAUGUUUCAUCCACCAUAUCACCAAGCAAUAAAUACUAUGCCAACAAUGGAUCACAGAGAUAUAUUGACUUCAAUUGAGCCCCAUAGUCUCACAAGAGCCUUCAAGUCAACUUAUCAUGAAAUACCAGAAUCAAGCCAAAUUGAACAGAAGAUAGAGGACCAAAUGUACACAAACCAAACCCCUCAACAAAUCAGGUAUCAUUUGCCUGAAUCAGAAAUUGAAAAUAUAUAUGGCUUCAGUGAUUCAAUGCAUUGUCAUAAUCAAUUUCCCCCAGAGAUAAUUGGAAUGGAGAACCCUUCAUAUACAACUAAUCAUUUUACAAUGCCUGAGGACUACAAUCCAUGCAAUUACAUAGAACAUGAACACCCAGCUUUCCACAACUUUAGUCCUGGCACCCAUGAUGAGAUACUUUAUGGCUAUUUGAAUGAGUUCCCAAUGCUGAGUAGUCACCCUAGCUCUUCAUGCAAUAUACCAAUUCCAAAGCACAGAACACCCAUUUCCCCAAAUGCACCACUCAUUGAGUGCUCUCAGAAUUACAACAACAUUUUUACUCAACAAAGCAGGUCACCUCCAACCCUCAUUCACCCACAUGAAGCAGAGGAGGAGUUACCCUUCAGACUCACCUCUGAGGGAGGGUUUCCCUUUAGCAGUUCUCAACUAGUAGAUUCAAUGCAAGAAAGAAGAACCCCAUAUAUCUCAGAAGAUUUCAGCUCCACUACACAGCAACAGAGUGGUAAUGGAGAGUACAAUGAAAAUGUUAAACAAUAUCAAGAGAAGUUCAACAAGGAAGGCCCAGAGACUCUAGAUACAUGGAGAGACUCGGUCUCCCACAAAAGGAAGGAAGUAUGGGACCUCACACAGGACAAAGAAAAGGUAAAAACACUCACCAAUGGGCAGUCUUCAAACAUUGAGAGUAAAAAUUCCAAGGAAGUUGAGAGAGAUUUGAGUUAUUCCUCCCAAGGAAAUAAUUCAGCUGCCACAUUGUCACUGGUAGCAGGAAAACAAGGUCAAGACAUUUCAACAUCAAGGAAAGUCUCUGGACACUCUCACAUUUCACACAUCGGAAGCUUUGGAUCUCUCAGACGUGGUGGUGGAAAUAGACGAGCCCAAUUUUGCAGGCUUCAAAGUGUGGGGACUCAGGCUGUGAAUAGAUCCCUAACACUUUCCUACAGCAUUUAUGAGUGGUUUAUUGAUUUAUACCGCAAGAUGGAGAUGAGAUUCAAAGGAGAAAUUGAGGGCCAAACAAUUCAUUUGGCAGUGAAAAAUGCAGGAUGUGGAGUUGUGAUGGCAUUCCUUGGUAUCCUCAAAGUCUUUGAGUACAAUGAUUCUGGUAAAGAUGAAUUAGAGAGACUCCUUGAGGAUGGGUGGAAAUACAUGAAGAAUUUCUAUGAUAAGUGGAAUGAUAAAGAGAUACAUGUGGAUGGGAAACGUGAUAGACACAAGGGAGGUAAAUGGUCUUUAGAUCCUCAAUCUCAGCUCCUAUACUUAAAAGGAAGGGCUCAUAUCAAGGAAAUAUCACUCAGGAUGGUACAUGAGAUGGCAAUUGAGUUUGCAAAACAUAGGGAAAACUCCAAAAUUCCAAAAAGAUUCUUGACCACACAUUGGGAAAAAUUGUUAAAUGUAUACAACACUGAUUCUACUUCAAUGGAAGGUGGUCUGUAUGGAAGAGGUCAAAUUCGAAAUAAUUCUUUCCAAGCAGCAGAAAAGUUAUUAAGACUCAAUCCAAAGGAGAGAAAACCAUACAGCAAGACAGAAAUGGCAUCAUUUGCUUCCAAAGCUGCUCAGUUCCAUACACCAAUUGGUAGAGAGAUGUGUAAGGAUGUUCACAUCUUCUUCGAGAACCUCAACCACAAGCUACAUGUUUUGUACAACGACAAGGAGAUAUACCAAUCUGACCAGCUACUACAGCCGGAAGAUAUUAAGAUAUUGAAAAACAAACAUGAAAUGAACACUGCUCAGAUCAUCAAAGGAGUCAGUAUGGCACAGUACAAACUCACUGUGGUAUUUAUUGGUCUCAUAAGGGCAUUUAAUGAGGAUUUUUUAUCAGAAGAUCAAAUUCGGCUUCUAUUAAUAAAUGCAUGGGAUUUCCUCAAGAAAGAAUUUUCUCAAUGGGAGAGAUUUGAUUUCCAAGCUGAAAACCAUUCAUACUUAUUCAACCAUGAUGAAAAUUCUAUGAAGUUUAAUAUAAAUGACCUAAAUCAUCCUGAGGCUAUGUUUAGAAAGCUAUCUGGAUUUUCCAACAGCUAUGAUGUUCCACGUUCCUGUGUUGUUCAUUUACUUAAAUCUUGGAUUGAGCAUAUACAAAGAAUAAAAUCUGGCACAGAGCACUUCCUAGAUUUCCCAGUUCAAUCAUUCCCUGCACGGCAUUUCACUACCUGGAAAUCAUACCUCAACAAACUCUGA